AUGGCUCUCGUGGGUGAUGUGGAACUGCGAAGCGUCGUUCGUGUGGAGCGUAUUGGAGUUCACUCUCAUAUAAGAGGACUUGGAGUGGGUCCCAACCUUGAUCCACAGGAUACCUCAGACGGAAUGGUUGGACAAUUCCAAGCCAGAAAGGCAGCUGCAAUUAUUGUGAAAAUGGUGCAGAGCGGUAACAUCGCUGGAAGAGGAGUGCUUAUAUAUGGUCAACGAGGAACAGGAAAAACUGCCAUAGCUAUGGGAAUAGCAAAAGCUCUUGGCAAAGAUACUCCAUUUGUAUCGAUGUCUGCUUCCGAGAUUUUCUCUGUCGAUAUGAGCAAGAGUGAAGCAUUAACACAAGCUUUCCGCAAAGCAAUAGGCGUUCGCAUCAAAGAGGAGACUGAGGUCCUUGAAGGUGAAGUUGUUUCUAUUGAAAUGGAUAGACCUGCCACCGGUGUUGGUCCGAAGGUUGGAAAAUUGUCGCUGAAAACCACGGACAUGGAGACCAUAUACGAUCUCGGUAGUAAAAUGGUAGAUCAGUGUAUUAAAGAGCGUAUUUGUGCUGGUGAUGUUAUCCAAAUUGAUAAAGGCUCAGGACGUGUAACUCGGGUUGGUCGGUCUGCAACACGUUCGCAUGAUUACGAUGCGAUGGGACCACAGACGAAAUUCGUUCCUUGUCCUAAAGGCGAAAUUCAGACAACAAGAGAAACUGUACACACUGUUUGCCUUCAUGAAAUUGACGUCAUCAAUUCUCGUAGUCAAGGAUUUUUAGCAUUGUUCACGGGAGAUACUGGAGAAAUCAAAAGUGAAGUUCGUGAACAGAUCAACAAAAAGGUCGCGGAAUGGAGAGAGGAAGGUAAAGCUGCUAUCCAACCCGGAGUACUUUUCAUCGACGAGGCUCACCUUUUGGACUUGGAAUGCUUCUCAUUCCUGAAUCGCGCUAUGGAAUCCGAUCUCAGUCCUUUGCUUAUCAUGGCAACGAAUAAAGAACGAGGUGUUGUUCGCGGAACCGAUGUGGUGGCAAACUACUGCUUACCACCUGACAUAGUUGAUCGUCUCAUUGGUAUUCCUACAAAGCCAUACACUCCCGAUGAAAUCGGCCGCAUUCUCAGUUUGAGAGCGGAUGAGGAAGGUGUGAGGAUGGAGGCUAGCGCACUCACUUUGCUGAAAAUGUUAGUAGCAGAGACAUCUAUGCGAUAUGCUAUGCAGAUUAUCGCCCUAGCAGACUGUUUGAGAGAACGCAAGAAAAAGCCAAUGGUGAGUAAAGAAGACGUCGGUGAGGCAUACAAGAUGUUCUACGACACCAAGAGAAGUGAACAGUACUUGAGACAAAACUCGAGCAAGUUCCUGAUCAAAAACAACAUUCACAGGAAAAACCAUUCACAGAAAAAUUAUAAAAUAUCCACAAACUGGAACACUGGCACAACAAAAAUGAAAAUGCAAACGUAG